AUGCUAAUUAUGGACAAUAAACUUACUACUAUAUGCGAUCCUUAUCUCAGAUUUCCAAAACUUAUUGGAGAGAUGACGGACACAUACUUUGAUAUGGUUGAGACAUACUUUGAGGAUUACAUUUCGUCUGACGUAUCUAAGGCUAGGACCUUAUUAGGUAACUUAUCAAUUGACAUUUAUGACAAAAUCACAUCUGUGUGUUCAAAGGCACAGUUAAAAGAUUAUAAGAAGUGCAAUUUCCUAGAUGACUGUAGAAUUAAGGAGAAAUCGAUAACGUCUACUUUAAACGAUCAUAUCAGAAGGAAGCUGAAUAAGCAUAAGGACUGGACUGUAGAUGAGAUAAUGAAAUUAGGAGUUGAUACUUUUAGUAAUAAUGAGAAUAAUUCUAAUGAUAAUGAACGUAAUAAUUUUAGAGAAAAUAAUUUUAAUUAUAAUGGACGUAACACUCGUAGGGAAAAUUUUGAUUUUAAGAAGAGGAAUUAUAAUGAUUUUAGGCCUAAUGAUAAUGCUAGCCGAAACUAUCAAAACAAUAAUUUUCGAGACAGUGAGGGUAACUCUAGAAAUUUUCGUAAUAACCAAUCUUCGAACAACAAUUCAAACUAUUAUGGAAGAAACUCCAUGUGGCACAAUAACAAUAAUGCAAACAAUUAUGAUAGAAACAAUGCCUGGCAAAACAACAACAAUUCAAAAUAUAACGGAAGAAACUCCAGGUGGCACGAUAAUAGCAAUUCAAACAAUUAUGAUAGAAAUAAUGCCUGGCAAAAUAAUAAUAACUUUGGGAGAAACGUCUCCUAG